UAUUUCCCCCCCUGCGAUCUGAAGUGGUACAAUCCACCCUAAAACCUACCGCCUCAUGCUGUUGCCUGUUUUCAUCUCGUCCUCCUGGGAAGAAUCCCUUUAGUUUCACGAAGGAAGGACCCUCCCUGGACGACCGCGCCGUCAAUAACUUACGGGAGUUGCUUGUCCCUCCCCUUUGGCCAGUUGCUGAUUUCAACAAGGAAGGUGAAAAUGCGGAAGUUUCUACCAGAAAGUGACAGCUCCGGCUCCCUGGGCAUGAUUUCAUGAACAGCCGCGAACCUCCGUGGAAACCCGCCACUUUCCGCCCCCCUCGUCGCCCAGCAUCCAGACAUUGGGGGGUGUGCGGGCACACACGCCCGCAUGGCCACUUUGCCCAGCUCCGACAGGAGGGCAUUUGCUCUGAAAAUCAACAGGCAUUCCUCAGCAGAAAUAAGAAGGCAAUUUGUGCAUCAACCAAACUUUGGACAAUUCCCUCAGCGAAGUAUCAGUUCCCCAGGCUUCUCAUCUAUUCAUCUACCUCAAUUCUAUGAUGCAGUAGAACCAGUGGAUUUUGAAGGUUUCCUAAUGAUGCAGCUGAAUACUUUAGACUCUGAACUCCUGCAAGAACUUGGUGACUUUCCUGAAGAUGAUCUGGAAGUGAUCUUUACUGCCAAGGAGCACAGGACCCUGCAGCCAUCAUUGCCAGAGGAAGGAGCUGAAUUGGAUCCACAUGUCCGGGAUUGUGUUCAGACGUAUAUUCGUGAUUGGCUGAUUGUGAAUCGGAAAAACCAAGGAAAUAAUGAGACAGAUACUUUAAGGAAAAGAGGAUCCAGAAGAGAUUUCCACAAGACCCUACAAAAGCAAACAUUUGAAUCUGAAAUUUUGGAUUACAGUGAUUCAAAUUAUCAGACAGGUCCCAGACACUUAAAGAUCCUCUGUGACGAAUCAAGUAGAGCCACGCUGACAUCUGGUGACUUUGAAUUGCGCAGCCUGGAACCUGAUCCUCGUCUGGCAAAUCUGCUACAGUACGUUAGUGCAGAAGACUUUGCAAGGCAAAAUGAGGAGGCACGCCGAAGGAACAGGCCUGCAGAACUGUUUGCUCUGUACCCCAAUAUAGAUGAGGAGGAUGCUGUUGAAAUACGACCAACACCUGAAUGCCCCAAGGAACAUUUCGGCAAUAGGAUAUUGGUGAAAGUACAGACCCUGAAGUUUGAGAUAGAAAUAGAACCAUUAUUCAUAAGCUUAGCUCUCUAUGAUAUAAAAGAGAGGAAAAAGAUCUCAGAAAAUUUUCAUUGUGACUUGAAUGCUGAACAUUUCAAAGGAUUUUUGCGAUCUCAUACAUCCUGCAUUGACUCUUCUAGUCAGGCAAGAUCAGCAGUAUUUUCUGUAACAUAUCCCUCUCCAGAUAUCUACCUAGUAUUGAAGAUUGAAAAGGUCCUUCAACAAGGAGAAAUUGGAGAUUGUGCAGAACCCUACAUGGUUCUAAAAGAAAGUGAAGGUGGGAAGAGCAAAGAAAAAGUUGAGAAGUUAAAAGUACAAGCGGAAUCCUUUUGUCAACGUUUGGGAAAAUAUCGCAUGCCUUUUGCUUGGGUUCCAAUAAGCCUAGCAAAUUUCUUCAAUAUUUCAACACUUGAAAGAGAUAUAGCAGAGUUAGAAAUUCUGAAUGGCAAAGGGUGCACUGGUGAUAGAAAAACAAUGACAACUAGAAGACUUUCUGAAAGAAGCCUUGGUUCAGAAGAUGUUCUUUGCAUGCCGAACUUCAAAACUACCACCCUUACUGUCAACACAUUUUUCAAACAGGAAGGUGAUAGACUUAGUGAUGAAGACUUAUUCAAAUUUCUAGCCGACUACAAGAGAUCUUCCUCCUUGCAGAGAAGAGUAAAGUCUAUACCAGGACUACUUAAACUGGAGAUCUCCCCGUCUUCAGAAGCUCUCACGUGUUGUCUCAGCCCAGAGUUAUUACAAGUAAAACCAUUCCCUGAAAACCGCAGUCGUCCUCAUAAAGAAAUUCUGGAGUUUCCAGUACGAGAAGUUUAUGUGACCCAUACUGUGUAUAGAAAUCUUCUUUACGUGUAUCCACAACGGCUGAAUUUUGCAAACCGACUGGCUUCAGGACGAAACAUUACAAUUAAAAUUCAGUUUAUGAGUGGAGAAGAUCCUGCUUCUGCAAUGCCAGUCAUCUUUGGAAAAUCUACAGGUCCAGAAUUUGUUCAAGAGGUUUGCACACCUGUUACAUAUCAUAACAAGUCUCCUGAUUUCUAUGAAGAAGUGAAAAUUAAGUUGCCAGCUAGACUCACAGAAAAACACCACCUGCUGUUCACAUUUUACCACAUCAGUUGUCAACCAAAACAAGGAACAUGUGUAGAAACUCUCUUGGGAUACUCUUGGCUGCCAAUUUUGUUAAAUGAUCGUCUCCAAACAGGCCAUUAUUGUCUUCCCGUUGCCUUGGAUAAACUGCCUGCCAACUAUUCAAUGCACUCAGCAGAGAAAGUUCCUGCACAAUCUCCUCCAAUUAAAUGGGCUGAAGGACACAAGGGGGUAUUUAAUAUUGAAGUUCAAGCUGUAUCAUCUGUUCACACACAGGACAAUCACUUGGAGAAAUUCUUCACCCUGUGCCAUGCACUAGAAAGCCAAGUUGCCUUCCCGAUCCGAGUGCUGAAUGAGAAAAUCACAGAAGCAACUCUUGAACAUGAGUUGAAACUCAGCAUUAUCUGCUUGAAUUCUUCCCGCCUUGAGCCCCUGGUGUUGUUUCUACACUUAGUGCUGGAUAAGCUCUUCCAGCUAGCUAUCCAGCCCAUGAUUAUAGCUGGCCAGACAGCCAACUUCUCCCAAUUUGCCUUUGAAUCUGUGGUUGCAAUAGUGAACAGCCUCCACAACAGCAAAGAUCUGAGCAAGGACCAGCAUGGAAGAAAUUGUCUCCUAGCAUCUUACGUCUACUAUGUGUUCCGUCUUCCUGAAGUUCAAAAAGAUGUCAAACUAGGUGCAGCAGGCAGUGCUAAUCUGCCCGAAUCUCGUUAUUACACAUAUGGGCGCACAGCAGCUGUUUCGGUGGGCUCACGACUCUUGCAAAGCCGAGUAACAAGCUGUAGUAAUCCAGAUAUUGCGGGCAUACAGGCUGCUACUGAUGAAGAAGUCAAAAGUGUCAUGUCUUCAAGGGUUGCAGAUCGGAACUACUGUCGGAUGUCUUGCUAUAGUGAACCCUGCAAUGAUACUUCAAGUGCCUACACAAACCCACGCCCAUCCAAUAAAAAGCAUUUCCAUGAAGAACUGGCACUUCAAAUGGUGGUCAGCACUGGCAUGGUGAGAGAAUCUGUCUUCAAGUAUGCCUGGUUUUUCUUUGAACUGCUGGUCAAGAGCAUGGCCCAGUAUGUUCAUAACAUGGACAAACAGGAUAUUCCCCGCAGAAAUCGAUUUUCUGAUCGCUUCAAAGAUGACAUCACCACUAUAGUUAAUGUGGUCACCUCAGAGGUUGCAGCACUUUUGGUCAAACCACAGAAGGAAAGUGAACAAGCAGAAAAGAUAAACAUUAGCCUGGCAUUUUUCCUGUAUGAUCUCCUUUCUCUAAUGGAUCGUGGAUUUGUGUUUAAUCUGAUCAAACACUACUGCAAUCAGUUGUCAAAUAAACUUAGUACUCUUCCGACACUGAUUUCCAUGAGGUUGGAGUUUCUGCGAAUUCUCUGCAGUCAUGAACAUUACCUCAAUCUGAACCUUUUCUUUUUGACUUCAGGAUCUGCCCCAACUUCUCCCUCUCCUUCUCUGUCAUCCCAGAAUUCAAGCUCCUGUUCAAGUUUCCAGGAUCAAAAACUUGCCAGCAUGUUUGACCUUACAGCAGAUUAUAGGCAGCAACAUUUUCUAACAGGGCUUCUCUUCACUGAAUUGGCUGCUGCCCUGGACACAGAGGCAGAAGGGAUAAGCAAGGUCCAGAGGAAGGCUGUCAGUUCUAUCCACAGUCUACUAAGCUCACAUGACUUAGACAGAGCCUGCCUGAAACCUGAUGUGAAAGUGAAAGUUGCUGCCCUUUACCUGCCUCUGGUUGGGAUCAUUUUGGAUGCACUUCCACAGAUACAUGAUUUUACAGUUUCAGAUAGUCGCAAUGGGAAAGGUCGUACUGGAUCCCCAGAAGAAGAACAAGAGUCUGCAAAUCAGAUUAACCAGAAUAUUGCUAUGGCCAUUGCUGGAAAUCAGUUUAACUCCCUACGUUCCACUGGCUCGUCUGUAUCUUCAGUGCCCUACAAACAAGGCAACACCUUAAGUCCUGAAACUUCCCGCCACCUUUUGAUCUGUUUCUUAUGGAUCCUGAAAAAUACUGAUCAGAAACUUAUCCAGAAAUGGAUCGCAGAUCUGCCACCUAUGCAGCUGAACAGGAUUUUAGAACUCCUUUUCAUCUGUGUCUCAGGCUUUGAGUACAAGGGCAAACAAAGCUCAGACAAAGUCAGUACUCAAGCACUCCAGAAGUCCAGAGAUGUAAAAGCCCGGCUAGAAGAAGCUUUGCUAAGAGGAGAGGGAGCCAGGGGUGAAAUGAUGAAGCGGUGCAGGAUGCCUGCUGGAAAUGAUAGGUUCCCAGGGUUGAAUGAGAACCUACGGUGGAGGAAAGAGCAGACACACUGGCGGCAAGCAAAUGAGAGGCUAGAUAAAACAAAAGCUGAGAUUGAUCAAGAAGCACUGAUUAGUGGGAACCUUGCUACAGAAGCUAAUCUGAUCAUCCUAGAUAUGCAAGAGAACAUUAUCCAGGCAACUUCAGCUAUGGACUGCAGAGAGAACCUCUUGGGAGGUGUGUUGAGGGUCCUAGUAAACUCCCUGGGCUGUGAUCAGAGCACUACCUAUCUGACUCAUUGCUUUGCGUCUCUCCGGGCCCUGAUUGUCAAGUUUGGAGACGUGCUGUUUGAAGAGGAAGUGGAGCAAUGUGCUGACCUAUGUCAAAGAGUCCUGCAGCAAUGCAGUAGCGGUAUUGAUGCCACUCGGAUUCAAGCCUGCGCUACCCUCUAUCUCCUCAUGAGAUACAGUUUCAGCUCCAGCAGUAAUUUUGCAAGAGUGAAAAUGCAGGUGACAAUGUCACUGGCUUCUCUGGUUGGUAAAACAUCGGAUUUCAACGAGGAGUAUCUCAGAAGGUCAUUACGAACCAUUUUGGCAUAUGCAGAGGAAGAUGUGGAAAUGCAGCCAUCUGCCUUCCCAGCACAGGUGCAAGAGUUAUUGAGUAAUCUGAACAGCAUCUUAUCAGACACAGUGAAAAUGCGAGAAUUUCAGGAAGACCCAGAGAUGCUCAUGGACCUCAUGUACAGAAUUGCCAAAGGAUAUCAGACGUCACCUGACUUGAGACUGACCUGGCUCCAGAACAUGGCAGAGAAGCAUGCCAAAAAAAAGUGCUACACAGAAGCUGCCAUGUGUCUAGUUCAUGCCGCUGCUCUAGUUGCAGAAUACCUGAGCAUGCUGGAGGAUCACAGCUAUCUGCCAGUGGGCAGUGUCAGCUUCCAGAAUAUUUCCUCCAAUGUGUUGGAGGAGUCUGCUGUCUCAGAUGAUGUUCUGUCUCCAGAUGAAGAUGGUGUGUGCUCUGGGAGAUAUUUCUCAGAGAAUGGCUUAGUGGGACUGCUGGAACAAGCUGCAGAACUUUUCAGCACAGGAGGACUGUAUGAAACUGUAAAUGAGGUUUACAAGAUUGUCAUCCCCAUAUUAGAAGCACAUCGAGAUUUCAGGAAGCUUACUUCUACUCACAGUAAACUUCAGAAGGCUUUUGAGAACAUAAUAAAUAAGGGCCAGAAGAGAAUGUUUGGCACUUACUUCCGUGUUGGCUUCUAUGGAGUCAUAUUUGGAGAUUUGGAUGAACAGGAAUUUGUUUAUAAAGAGCCUGCUAUCACCAAACUUCCUGAGAUUUCUCACAGGCUGGAGGGAUUUUAUGGCCAAUGCUUUGGAGAGGAUCGCAUUGUAGUGAUUAAAGACUCUACUCCUGUAGACAAAAAAGCCCUAGAUCCCAACAAGGCUUACAUACAAAUUACCUUUGUGGAACCCUACUUUGAUGAUUAUGAGAUGAAAGACAGAGUGACCCAUUUUGAAAAGAACUUCAGCCUUCGGCGAUUCAUGUACACCACACCCUUCACCAAAGAUGGUCGUCCACGAGGAGAAUUGAGCGAGCAGUAUAAAAGGAAGACCAUUUUGACCACAAUGCAUGCCUUCCCCUACAUCAAAACCAGAAUCAAUGUCAUUCAAAAGGAGGAGUUUGUUUUGAUGCCAAUUGAAGUAGCUAUUGAAGAUAUGCAAAAGAAAACUCAGGAACUAGCCGUGGCCAUUAGCCAGGUGCCACCAGAUGCCAAAAUGCUUCAGAUGGUGCUUCAGGGUUCCGUGGGAGCCACAGUAAAUCAGGGACCACUAGAGGUAGCCCAAGUGUUCCUGGCUGACAUUCCAGAAGAUCCAAAACUUUACCGACAUCACAACAAGCUGAGGUUAUGCUUCAAAGAGUUCCUAAUGAGGUGCGGUGAAGCAGUAGAGAAGAAUAAGCGCCUGAUUACUGCUGACCAAAGGGAAUAUCAGCAGGAGCUGAAAAAGAACUAUAACAAGUUGAAAGAGAACCUCAGACCAAUGAUUGAGAGGAAAAUCCCAGAGUUGUAUAAACCCAUUGUGAAAGUGAACAGUAUUUCAAGGAACUCUUUUCGUAGCUCUAGUUUUAGGAAAUUUGAAAAUCUGCCUCCACAGAACAGUUAAGAGCUGCCUUAUGACAGCAAGCUAUCCCGUUGCAGUGGAUCAGAUACAAGAGGAUAUGCAAAUACUGUGCCAGCUAGGAAGCUCUUCUCCCAAUUGCACAUGUCCACACUCUGGCAAGACCUGUACAAGAGACAAGAAGAUGUAGGGGUUAUAACAAAUGUAUAUACUAAGGGAGUAGGAGUAAGUGUUAAUUGCUGAAAAGCAGGGUGGUUUGGGUUUUUUUUAAAUGACUUGGAUACAUGUAUACCCAGGUGGGGAAAAACCCCAUAUUUUAUCAGAACUGGUAAAGGCUAGGUAAGAACAUUGCAUUAUCCAUAAAAUAUUCCCUGUAUUCACAUGUUUGCUUGAAUAUCUCUGACACCUCCUCUGGGAUCUUCAAUAAUACAAAUUCCAUGGAAGUGUUCCUCAAUCGGCCUGAAGAUCCACUUUCUCAAUUAUGGAUUGCAUCAAUGCUAUGUGAGCACAUUCUCCAAGCAGAAAAUAUGAAUCGUUACUAGACUUUAAAACAAAGAACAUGAUCCAGCCAAAGUUAAGCGCAUUUAAAUCCUAUUGAUUUCAGUGGGAGACUUAAAAUAUGUGUAACUCUGUCCUAUCUAAGAUAUCCUGUGUGUUUGGAGGGAAACAAUCUUAUCACAUGAGAAUCAUUGCAGUGGACCUGACGAGCUUUUCUCAUGGAAGCUGAUGAGAUCAGUUUACAAAAGGAUGGAAAAGCAUUGUCUAAGUAUUUAAACAGGCCUGGCUUCAGAUAAGCAUAUAAGCAGAAUUGUGACUACAUAGAGACCAGCAUUUCAGAUUCAAACUGUCCUUUGACUGCUGAAGCUCUGUUUCUUCCUUCAGUUUGCUGGGAUUCAUUAUAGUUGAAUUUUUUAAAUUAUUAUUAUUUUUUUGUUGUUUGGGAAACUCUUGUUCAAAAGUGGUAUAUAAAUAUUCAUGUAUUCAUAUUUAAAAGGUUUCUUCUGACUUUAAAUUCUUGAAAUAUUGAGGCUGCUUCCUAACAGCUUGACUAGCAUUUUUGCCAUUUUGCUGGGACUUGCUCUAUUCAACCCAAUUUCUGUGAGAGACAACAGUACCAAUAUCAAAUGUGUAUACUGUGCAUUGAUCUGUGUACAGGUAGACGUUAUCCGUGGAGGUUCCGUUCUCACCUACAGCCAUGGAUAAUGAAACUGUGGAUAAUGAGACCUUGAGUGCAUCGGAAUCAGAGGCGUAUCUAGGCAAAAUAGCGCCUAGGGCAAUCACUGAAAUUGCACCCCCUGUCCAAACAUCUGACACCCAUCUUUCAGAUAACGUUACCAUAAUAUCAGCUGAAAAAUACAAGUCAAGCUCGUUAAUCUUUUAAUAUUUCAAAAACUAUUUAGCCGUGGACGUAGCCAGACCAAAAGAUGCUGGAAAACUACAAAUUUCAGUAUGCUGGGGCUCAUGAAAUACCCAAAUACUAUGUGGAGUUGUUCUUGGAAAACUAUACAGAAGUGCUUGUCUAAUUCUCUACUAUGCAUUGUAGCAUCACUAUUACGUAAGUUUUAAAAAUAAAUGGAGAAUUUGGCUUUUCCCAGAUACUCUGAAAAUAAUUAAAGGAUAUGAAGAGUAAACUGUGUCACUGCUUGGAAUAUAGUCUAGUAUUUCAGAAAGACAGUUAAAAUGAGAGAAAGAGAGCAAGAAACUCCCAAUGGCCUUAAUACUAAGGACUUCACACAGAUUCAAAGACAAACUCUCCAUUAAAUAGCCAUAUUAUUAAGGCAUCACAUUUAACUCACUUAUCACAAGAAGCAAAUGAAUACAAUCCUAGCUCAUAAGCUUCAGCUCAGUAUUCACAAGACCUGAUUCUCUGUACAUAGUUACAAACUAAAUAUGUGUACAGUGACUUAUAUUAUAUUAAUUUUUUAUAUUUUUUUACUUGUAGCCCCUUCGUAGGGCUUCCUAAAGGCUGUGGGGGGGGGGGUCUGCAAAGGUUCCCCCUCUCCGCGCUGGCCUCUAGGGCCAUUUGAGCAUGCGUCCUGGCCAUUUUUAAAAAUAUAUUUUUUUUAAAAAAUGGCCGCUAAAAACAAAAUGGCUGCCGCACAUGCUCAAAUGGCCUCUGCGAGGCCUGGCCUGGCCUAGGGCCUCACAGAGGCCAUUUGAGCAUGUGCAGUGGACAUUUUGUUUUCGGUGGCCAUUUUUUUAAAAAAAAUUUUAGAAAAUGGCGCCCCCCCUUAAAGUGGUGCCCGGGGCAUGUGCCCUGCCUGCCCCACCCUAGAUAUGCCCCUGAUGGGAAUUGGGGGGUUAGGUUUCUUGGGGCCAAAAAAGGGCCAAAAAUAAAAAAGCAGGCAGGAGACAGAAAAAAGUGAAAUAAAGUACUAUCCCAUGCUCUCCAGGUAUCCAGCUGUCAUCCAAUGCCCCCUCACCCCCAAUUUUGUCUAUUUUCCAUGAAAAAUCGGGGGGAGGGGACGGCUAAGAAAGAGCCACAAAAUGGCUCUGUUCAACAAAAUGGUGGCAGGAAAUUACCUCGGAGGUCAUUUCUAGCCGUCCAGGAACCACAGAUAGGCAAAUUUUAAAUAAUGUUGUUUCCAUGAAUAAUGGGGUCAGGUCUCCCUUCCCCGACCACAGAUACAUCAAACUGUGGAUGCUGGGACCACGGAUAACGAGGGCUACCUGUAUUAUGAUGUGAAAUUUCUGGGUUUGGAAGGCAGAGGGGGCAGUGGAAAUGUUUGUACUUAACAGUUCUGGUUUUUUUAUACUUUAAAGGACGAAUCAUUCUAAGAAAUUAAAAAAUAAAAUGCUACUUUAAUAAAAACAA